AUGCUCCCAUCCAUUAAGCAGGUCAUCGCCCAAACAAUAGUCAAAGGCCAAAUCGAGAAAUUGACAUUGGCACUAUCGGAGUUUAGUUUGCAGUACGUCCCACAAAAAGCAGUCAAAGGACAAGCGCUUGCUGAUUUCUUAGCCCAUCACCCUUCUCUUUAUGGGUUCGGGGGUAAUGAUGUUGAAAUCGGAAUGGUGGAAGCACGUGACAAUUAUUGGACGAUGUAUUUUGAUGGUUCUAGCACGUCGACAUCGGCCGGCGUGGCAAUCGUCCUCCAGUCUCCACACCAACACCGUUGGUUCUUUUCCCUUAAGUUUGAUUUCGAGUGUACCAACAAUCAGGCCAAGUACGAAGCCAUUGUUAUCGGCCUUAGCGUGCUUCAUGAUUUACGCGAUGUUCGUGUCCUCGUUUUCGGCGAUUCAGAGCUUGUGAUCAACCAACUUAAUGGUACUUUUCGGUGUAUGAGUUGCACUCUGGCGCCCUAUCACAUGGUGGCCAGUUACUUGGCCGAGUCAUUCGACAGUAUCACGUUCAAACAUAUUUCCCGUGGACAGAACACCGUCACAGACGAACUCCCUUAG